UGUGUGCACUAUUGACGUUUGUUUGUUGAUUUUGAAACCAGUUGAUAAUUUGCAAGUGAUGUGGAUGCUGAAAUUUUUAUUUCACUUCUUCAACAACUACCAGUGCUGUGGAACUAAUUCUGUGAUGCAAAUUUCUGCUCAAAGAGAAGCAAUGGUCACAGGUGCACGAUGUCAUCAUUGAGCAUAUUGCCACGGACUGUGUUAUUAACGGCAACAUUCCUUAUUUGAAAUUAUUACUGAACGAGAUCGGGGAGGUCAAACAAAUCUCCAACUGGUUCAUCGAGGGGCGGAUUUUGAGCGACUUAAUCGAGCUGAAUGAGAAGUUUGACCUGACCCGGGACACGAUCGACGACGAAACCGAGGCGCUCAAGCCCAAACUGUCCUAUAUGUGCUCUGUGGUCAAAAUGUUCCCAUGCCCGACGCCAAAGCAUCGGUUCUGUCAGAACGAAAUUCCAGCUUAUCUGAUUCGGUCAUUCUUUGCUCCGGAUCCGCGUAUUUAUAGCUGUGAUGCGAAUUGGGCUCGAGAAGCUGCCAUUGCCCCAGGAUUACGUGCUAGAGGAAUUGCGGCAUAUGUUGAGCGCGUUCUUGGACGAGGAUCAGCGGAAGCAGCAAUGGAAUAGUGUUUGAACGAAUUAUGUUAUUUUAAUCGUAAAUUUUUUUUCUGUAAUUGUUGCCGCGAGUCCCGGAAUUGCUGGGCUCCCUGACGACUGCUAGAAACCACAUGGCCUGCCAAAGAGUAGACCAUGUAGGUGACAGGAAAGUUGAAGGUAGAAGAUGACAGAAAAUAAAGAAGUAGAAGAAGGUGGUCAAAAGUAAACAUAAACAAAAAUCAUAAAGACAAAAGAAAGAAUCGUGAACAUUGUGAGCUUUGGAAAUUAUAAUUAUUUAUCUAUAAAAGCUAGGAAGUAUUAGAAAAUUAGAAACUAUUGUUAGUAAAUUAUCAAAGUAAGAAUAUUCUAGUUAAAUGAAUUUAUAUCUAAACAACUGACUUAAAUUUAUAGGUACAAAUUUAUCCCGCAUAGUUACCAAAAUCUACAAUUGAACUGUUUGAAUUCACAGAUUGUAAUUUCACUAGUUACCGUGAGAACAGAAGUUAACAUUGAAGCCUACACUGAAUUCUUUAGCAAUCGCUUAAAGAAAGUGUUCGCUUUUUCGUACGAACAAACUAAAGAAUUCACGGUACGAUGGCUAACACCAACGCCGGAACAUCCGCCCUCGACAAUACCUGUCCUGUUCGAGAAGGCAAUUGCCAGGCCUGCAAACGUCCUGAUAGUGUCGAUGACAUGGUCGAAUGCGAACAGUGUAAAUAUUGGUACCACUUCAGCUGCGUGGGUGUAACACAAUCUGUUGAACGUCGACAUUGGGUGUGUAACAAUUGUUUACCAGUGAGCGUCAGCAGUCGCUCCUCCAGAUCGUCUGUCCGUAAAGCACUGGAGCAGCAACGAUUGCUGGAAGAACAGCAGAUUCGUCGCAAGCGGUUUGAGCAAGAAAAAGCUCUAGAGAAGAAACGACUCGAACAGGAGCAAAAGCAAAUCUUAGAAGAGGAAAAAAUGGAGAGAACGUUUGUUCAGGAAAAGUUCGAUUUGCUGGAGACACAGGAAGCUGACGAAGGUAGGAGUGUAAGGAGCAACAGAAGCCGAUGCCAGAAUAGCCACGAGAAAGUUAGGCAGUGGAUGAAAGAUGACGGAUCGAAGGGGCCAAAAGCCAGUACACCAAAUGAUGCGGCAGGAAAGGCACCAAAUCCGGAAACUUUACUACAAGGCGAGAGUAGCAACGAAACUCCAUCAGCGAUAAAUCCCAGUAGGAUACCUCCACAGUCAGACGCACUGAGCAAUCCAAUGAAUUUUCGACCUCCAGUAUCAAAAUUACCUUCCGACAAUAAAAAUAUACCGUCUUCAGAACUCCCUUCUUGCAUUCCACCCACCGAACAUACGGUGAAUCCUACGUUACUAGUCAACGCUUUAUCGGAUGAUAUUAGUAUUGAUAUUCCACCAUUGCCAUUCGAGUAUGCUCCUUCAGAAGGUGUCGUCGAUAAUGCUCCUCAACCUCGCUAUGAUGUCCAAGUUUCCACCCCAAUUAAUGUCCUAGGACAAAAUUCCCUACCAACGGGGCAUUUAACACAACCAAUGGUGCAUGAAAACCGAGCUCCAGUGCAAGUUCCUCCGCCAAGGCACACGCAAUCCGCGGGUCCUCCAAUAUACCCUGUAACGAGCAGAGCAAAUGAAAUGACUUACGUUGAUUCUGGACCUUCGUCGAUGCAAAUUGCAGCCCGUCGUGUAAUGUCACGCGAUCUUCCAGAUUUUAACGGGAACCCAGAAGACUGGCCUGUAUUUAUCAGUCAGUAUAACAUCACCACGGAAUGUUGUAACUUUAGUAAUGCCGAGAACCUCAUCCGGCUACAACGAUGUUUGAAAGGUCACGCUCGAGAAUCGGUACGCAGUCGGCUACUCUUGCCUGCAUCCGUGCCACGAGUGAUAGAAACACUUCGGAUGCUUUAUGGGCGACCUGGAUUGCUUAUAGACGCUCUGUUGAAUAGAGUACGCUCUACGCCAGCGCCGAAGAUGGACCACCUAGAAACGUUAAUAGAAUUCGGGUUGGAACUGCAGGGACUCUGUGACCAUCUUCAAGCGGCAUCGGAAACCGCACAUCUCAACAAUCCCUCGCUGCUACAAGAACUUGAAGACAAGCUGCCAUCUCAGCUGAAGCUCCAGUGGGCAAUGCACAAACAAACUGUGCCCAAUGUUACACUGCAGACGUUCGCCACUUACAUGUCGCAUAUGGUUUCUGCAGCGAGUCAAGUUACUAAGUACGUGGGGUGCUCCAAUUUACGUCGGCCGAUCAGGAAUAAAGAAAAGUCGAAAGAGAAAGGGCAACUCUAUACACACAGCGCGAAUGACGAGGAACAGUUUGAAACGAGUGACGGUGCGAACUCUGAAACUACAGUACGGAAUUGUUUAAUCUGCUGUAAACCAGGACAUCGAGUGAAGGAGUGCAAGCAGUUUUCAGAUAUGAGCGUAGAGAAUCGUUGGCGUAGUGUACACAGUUUUAAAUUGUGUCGAACCUGUCUCAACCAACACGGGAGAAAUCGUUGCAGAUUUUCAACAAAGUGUGGAAUCGACGGGUGCGAAUUCAAGCACCACCCACUGCUGCAUACUAAAGUGGAAAAUACGCAAAAGCCCACAACAACAGCUGAAAAUCAUUCACAUCGAGAACAAAAAUCCAAAAUGCUUUUCCGAAUUAUUCCUGUAACCUUGCAAGGAAAGAACGGAUGUGUUAACACAUACGCCUUUUUAGACGACGGUUCCUCUUUAACCUUGGUGGAAAAAUCAAUUGCAGAACAAUUAGGAGAGUCCGGUCCAUCAGGAGCGUUAUACCUUAACUGGACAAGUAAUGUAACCCGUUGCGAAGCUGACUCCCAAGAAAUAACAUUCAAAAUCUCGGGAGCAGCCGGUGGAAAAUUCUUCCGAGUUCAGUCAGCCAGAACAGUGUCCGAGCUGAAACUUCCGGUACAAUCAUUAAAACCGCAACAGUUGUCACUACAAUAUCCACAUUUAAAAGGUCUGCCGAUUGCUGGUUACGAUGACGCUAUACCCCGAGUGCUCAUCGGGUUGGACCAGUUGAACUUGUCAAUGCCACUAAAAUGCAGAGAGGGGCGGAAAGGAGAACCAAUAGCUACGAAAACUCGCCUCGGAUGGUGCAUCUACGGAGGAUCAGGUGAAGCGAAGUCUGUUGGAGUGAGCUGUCACAUUGUUCAAGUCAGCCCUGAAAAACUUCUUCAAGAGAUGGUGAAACGAUAUUUCGAGCAGGAAGAUGCUGGAAUUAAAUCAGUAAUCAACCUGGCGUCAGCGGAGGAUACUCGAGCAAAGAAGAUUUUAGCUGAUACAACAGUGCGGCUGGGAGACAAGUUCGAGACUGGACUCCUUUGGAGAUACGACCAGUUUGAAUUCCCAGAAAGUUAUCACAUGGCCCUUCGACGCUUGGAAUGUCUGGAGCGAAGAAUGAACCGAGAACCUCUUUUGAAAGAGAAUAUUCACCAGCAGAUUCAAGACUACCAGGCGAAGGGAUAUGCUCAUCGCGUUUCAGAGGAAGAACUUUCGGGUGUCGAUCCACGAAGAAUAUGGCAUUUGCCGCUCGGAGUCGUUACCAAUCCCAAGAAGCCUGGUAAGAUCAGAUUGAUUUGGGAUGCGGCGGCCAAAGUGGAUGGGGUUUCUCUCAACACUGUAUUGCUGAAGGGGCCCGAUUUGCUGUCGUCUUUACCAGGAGUGCUAUUUAAAUUCCGAGAAAAACCUGUGGCAGUGAGUGGUGACAUUCGCGAAAUGUUUCACCAGAUUCUCAUACGGUGUGAGGAUCGUUAUGCAUUGUGCUUCCUUUGGCGAGAAGAUCCGAGUCAGAAUCCCGAAACGUUCGUCAUGGACGUUGCUAUUUUCGGUGCCAGCUGUUCUCCAUGUAUUGCGCAGUUCGUCAAGAAUGCUAAUGCCGAGGAAUUUGCUGUACAAUAUCCCAAGGCAUCAGAGGCCAUAGUCAGGAAUCACUAUGUGGAUGAUUUCUUGGAUAGUUUCGACACCGUAGAAGAGGCACAGCGAGUAGCGGCUGAGGUGAAGUUGAUCCAUGCGAAGGGUGGAUUCGAAAUACGCGGUUGGUGUUCUAACUCAGCGGACGUACUUAGCCAUCUGGGAGAAACAUUUGUGCAAAAAACAAAAGAUCUGAAUCUGGACAAAAGUGACGGAGCAGAAAGAGUUCUAGGGAUGUUGUGGUUGGCAAGCGAGGAUGUUUUAGGAUUUUCAACGCAAAUGCGGGCGGAUAUUGCCGCCAUCAUCAAUGAGGGUCGAAGGCCAACAAAACGCCAAGUCCUACGAUGUGUCAUGUCCUUGUUCGACCCUCUUGGACUAUUGGCUAUAUAUACGGUACAUGGUAAGAUCCUGAUCCAAUCCAUAUGGCGCUCUGGAAUUGAUUGGGAUGAGAAAAUUAAGGAUGAGGAGUUCAAUCGUUGGACGAAGUGGAUAGCUAUAUUGGGUCAGGUUGACCACGUUCAUAUUCCACGCUGUUACGUUGGGCAAGAAUCCUCCACAUCAUUAGUUUCUGUGCAGCUACACAUUCUGGUGGACGCGAGCGAAGACGCUUAUUGCGCCGCUGCAUACUUUCGUUUUAUUCUUGUAGACGGAACCGUCAUCUGCAAUCUAGUUUCGGCGAAGACGAAAGUUGCACCCCUCAAACCGCUAUCUAUACCGCGUCUGGAACUGCAAGCAGCCGUGCUUGGUGCUAGGUUGGCUUCGUUCGUCAGUGAGAAUCAUACAUACUGUAUCGAGAAAAGGGUUUUCUGGUCUGAUUCCAGUACGGUUCUUGCCUGGGUACGGUCAGACGCUCGCAGAUACCGCCAAUUUGUAUCAUGUCGCAUUGGAGAAAUUCUCUCGUUAACAGAAACUAGGGAAUGGAGAUGGGUUCCCUCCAAAAUUAACACUGCUGACGAAGCCACCAAGUGGGGCCACGGUCCAUGCUUAUCGCCAAAAGGGAAUUGGUUCCAGGGUCCGAGUUUUCUUUAUUGUCCCGAAUUUCAAUGGCCGGUCCAAAGCAAGCAACAGAACACUUCUACGGAAGAGGAACUUCGAUCCUGUUUUAUGCAUGACGUUACUGCAUUUGAAUCAACAGUGAAAUUCGAUCGAUUCUCCCGAUGGGUACGCCUCCUUAGAGCGAUCGCCUACACGCAGCGAUUCAUCAGCAACGCACGUUUGACUGAACAGCACCAAGACCUGACUCCUUUAAAUUCAGUAGAGAUCGGGAAAGCAGAAAGCAUUCUCUGGCGACUCUGCCAGGAAGAGUCGUAUCCAGAUGAAAUCUCUCAGUUAAAGAAUGGGAGAAGCGAAGUAGAUAAAUCCUCGGCGAUCUACAAGUUGUCUCCGUACAUCGAUGAAUAUGGAAUUCUAAGGCAGAACGGGAGGAUUGGCGCAGCAUCCAACGUCGAAUUUAACGUGAAAUUUCCGAUAAUACUGCCCAAGUCCCAUCGUUUAACUGCUCUCCUUCUGGACCAUUAUCAUCGGAUACUUCAUCAUGCGAAUUAUGAAACAGUUGUGAACGAGGUAAGACAAAAGUUUUAUAUCCCUAAUCUCAGGGCUGUUGUACGCAGGGCGAGAAGAUCGUGUCAGUGGUGUAAGAUUUACAAGUCACAACCUUCUACACCUAAAAUGGCUCCUUUGCCGGCUGCUAGACUAGCUUCAUUCGAACGGCCUUUUUCGUAUGUUGGCGUGGAUUUCUUUGGUCCAGUGAUGGUGAAGAUCGGGCGAAGCAACGUGAAGCGUUGGGUGGCACUAUUCACGUGCCUCACUAUAAGAGCUGUUCAUCUUGAAGUAGCAUUUAACUUAAAUACGCAGAGCUGCAUUAUGUGUUUUCGUCGAUUCGUCGACCGUCGUGGAGCGCCUUUGGAGGUUUACACUGAUAACGGUACCAACUUCCAAGGCGCCGAGAGGGUACUUAGACAGCAAGUCAAUAGCGGCCUAGCAGAGACGUUUACUAACGCCAAUACCCGUUGGUUCUUCAAUCCUCCCUCAGCGCCCCAUAUGGGCGGAGUAUGGGAGAGGAUGGUGAGGUCCAUCAAAACCGCGAUCAAUAGUAUUGAUACGGGGAAGAAGCUCGAUGAUGAGGGAUUCUCGACAUUGUUAGCCGAAGCGGAGAGCAUCGUCAACUCUAGACCAUUAACCUACCUUCCGUUGGAGACGGAAGCACAGGAAGCUUUGACGCCCAACCACUUCCUGCUCGGUAGUUCGAAUGGGAUCAAGCAGCCAACUGCGAGUCCCAUAAAUCAACGAGAAGCUAUCCUAAACAGCUGGAAUCAGAUUCGCCAUCAAUUAGACCUGUUCUGGCACCGGUGGCUUAAGGAGUAUCUUCCAACUAUAAGUCGCCGCACAAAGUGGUUUACCGAUACUAGACCGGUGGAAAUAGGGCAGUUGGUGCUAAUUGCAGAUGAAGGCAAAAGAAAUAGUUGGCUACGCGGUGUAAUUGAGAUUCGGACAGCCCCAGAUGGUCGAGUGAGACAAGCUACUGUUCAAACGACAACAGGGUUGCUGAGAAGACCAGUUUCUAAGCUGGCCAUUUUGGACGUGGAGUGUUCAGGUAAAACAGCGUCAGACACACUGUCUUACGGGGGCCGGGAUGUUGCCGCGAGUCCCGGAAUUGCUGGGCUCCCUGACGACUGCUAG